AUGUCUAAUAAAUUAACGAAACGUCAACAAAAAGCAUUUACUUUUCGUAAAAAUAAAAAACAGCGAAAAGAAAUAUCAAUAGAAGAAAAUCCAGAAAAGAUUGAGCAAAAUUUUAAACUCGAUAUUGAAAAUAAUAAAGAUGAAAAUUCGAUAAAUUUUAUCGAGUCAAAUAAUGAAUCGAAUAAGGAAGAAAAACAGAAUAAUGAAAAUGAAUUCAUGGGAGAAAUAGAAGAAGAAGACUCGGUAACUUCAGAAACUGAGAACACAGACGAUGAUAAUAAACAAUCAAGUAACAAUAAAGAAAAAAAAAAGGGGAAAAUAAAGCAGUCGAAACCUAAUACUAUUCGAUUUAUUGUUUUUGUUGCCAAUUUACCUUAUGAUACGAAAAACGAAGCAUUAUCUAAACAUUUUGAGUCAGCUGGUAAACCUAUAUCGAUUCGAUUAAUUUCUGAUAAAAAAACUAAUAAACAAAAAGGUUUCGCAUUUGUGGAAUUUGCUACUUCACAAGAAUUAAAUAGAGCAUUAAGAUUUCAUCAUUCAAUAUUCAAGAAUAGACAGAUAAAAGUAGAAUUAACUGCAGGAGGUGGAGGUAAUAAAAGUAAAACACGCCUUAAUAAAAUUAACGAAAAAAGAAAGAAAUUAAGUAAUGAAAGGAAUAAAUUUUACAAAACAUAUGUUAUACCCAAAAAAUCUAAAAAUGAUUUAGAGGAAUCGAUAAUGAAAACAACUUCUCCUAAAGAAAGUUCAACUAUCAAAAAUAAAAAUUUAAUAGUGAAAAAACCAAGAAGGUUGAAAGGUUCAAAUUCUAUUAAAUCAACUAAAGUUAGAAAAUUUGGUGGUAAUAUUAGUGACAAUGAUGAUAUGAAUAUUUAA